AUGGUGAAUGACGUUCUCAAUCCUGACAUCAUAAGGGGCCUUGAAGAGACACCGGCCAGCUGCACAAUAGGCGACUUGGAGCCAAACACGGAGUAUACGAUAGAGGUAAAAAACUGUCCAUUGGCGGCAACGGAUGCGAACCAGUGUCUGCAGGCCUCUGAAUCAAAGAAGACUUUCACAAAUCCAAAAGGUAGGCAGUCCAAUACUAUGCCCAACUGCAUCUUGGCAUUUAGUUCAGAUCGAUAGAUUGUCAAAUGUUAUAAGCAACUGAGCAGUUUAAACAGGAAGAUAUGUGAUCAAAUUUACUUAGUAUUUUUUAGGUUUAACGUGAGGAAUCACCACAUGUGUCUGUUAAAGAGCAGAAAUUGCUAACCAGGUCAAUUAAUUUGUGUGCUCACCAUCCACUUCUUAAUCACAUGCAGAAUAUUUCACAAAAUAUAGUUGCGGAGAAGUCGCAGAAAAUACCCGUUGAUAGAAUUGGAGUCUAAUCUGACCUGUUUUAAUUUCAGCGCCUGGCAAAUUUACAGCCAAAGCAGUUAGCAAUGACUCCAUUGAAGUCUCGUGGGAAACUCCCAAUCAGAAUUUUGAAGGGCUGUUGGUGUAUGCAGUGGUGUGGAAUGGUAAUUCUGUGCAGCACGCGCCUGCCGAGGCUAAUGCGGAGACGACCACCGUUAUUGUGAACCAUUUGAAUCCGACGACGUUGUACAACGUGACCGUGGUGAUUUCGAAUGAACGGACGAAUUUGUCUGACACUUGUCGCCAGGUGUCCGAGGUUGAGACGCCACCAAACUGUGAGUUUACAUCUUGUGUGAAUAAAACUACCUGUCAGUUGCCUACGGUCCACAAACUAUAUUUUUAAUGGGUGGACCGCUAAUAUAUAUGAAUUGUUUUUAUGAGGAAAGUUUGUCAUGAAUCAAUAUCACACAUUGAUGCCUUGGUGUCGUCUGCCAGUGUAACAUCGCGCUGGCGGCAAAUGUUAUUUGGAAUCUGAAUGCAGUAGUCUAAGCUGUAAAAUGUCGUAUUAACUAUCCUCACGCCAAUAAGUCAAAUAAUAGUUUUUGUGUAGUGGAACCUUUUUUGGACAUUGGGCAAUUAAUGCGGGCACACUGUCUUAGCCAUCUUCUUGGACUGGCCAAAAGUGUGUACAGGAUAUGAACUAAUGUGACCGCACAUUUAAAGGGCACCUAGAUUGCAGGCGAUGUACAAUGUUCAAGCCAACCUCGUGGCAAAUUUUGUAUUUUUGCCACGUUACCAUCAACUAAUUCCUGUAGUUAUGCUUGAUUGUUUCAUUAACUAAGUAUGAAAUCAUAUAGGGCGCCAACCAGGGUUUAUGAAAAUGUUCUAUACUAUCGCCGAGACAAAUAUAUGAGCAAUUACCGAGUUGCUCACAGAUCAUACCACACAGUUUUUAUCUACACUGAUGUUUAGAACCGCAGUUAUAACUGAAUGUGAUGUGGAAGCUAGAUGACACGUUUGAUCAACUGGAUGCUUGCAAGAACAGAAAAAUGACCUCUUUUCGUGAACUGGGUGCGCUUGUUCAUGAAUAAUUUAAUUGAAUCUUCUAGCUACUUAGUACAUGCAUGUGCAUAAUGUUGAUUGUUUUGUGGAAUGAAGCGACAUUGUAGCAUGCAUUUAUUUUAUUAUGAAUUAUCAUGAUAUCGAACAGAUUGUAUACUAACGUUCACCUGAUUCUCUUUUUAGUGAGGGAAUUUCAGAUCGUUAACAUCGGACCAACUGAACUGAAGUUGAUUUGGACAUCGCAUUUAUUACCCGAUCCUGACAGGGAACUAAGGGUCAUGGUGAAUGACGUUCUCAAUCCUGACUGCAGACAGCCCCUUGAUAAGACACCGGCCGAGUGCAUAUUAAGCAGCUUGGUGCCAAACACGGAGUAUGCGCUAGAAGUGAAAAACUGUCCUUUGGAGGUAAAGGAUGCGAAGCAGUGUGUUCAGGCCUCUGAAUCGAAGACGUCUUUCACAAAUCCCAAAGGUCGGCAUUCCAUUGUUAUUCUUAACGUCAUCUUGGCAUUUAUUUCGGAUUAA